CCAAUUUAUACUCGUGUAUUUAUUCCACCACUUAGACUACAUUCAUCUACACUACGUUAUAUAAGAUUCGACAAAGUAAACUUUAAGGGUUGUGAUCCAUGGUAUAGCAUAGCAGAAUGCCGAAAUAUCGAACUUCUUGAAGUAUUUCAAUGUACGGACUUGGAGGAAGAGAUGGUCGGACCUGUGACAAAAGCAAGAUUUGGAAAUCAUUUUGAAGUUAG